AAGUGGCGGUCGGCAAGAGUUUGGAGAGUAUUUUCCUUGUGAUGGAGUACUGCGAACAGGACUUGGCCUCACUCUUGGAUAAUAUGAGCGUUCCGUUCACCGAAUCACAGGUGAAGUGUAUUUUGCUUCAACUGUUCCACGGCUUAGAGUAUUUGCACAAGAAUUUCAUCGUUCAUCGAGACCUCAAAGUAUCCAAUCUAUUGCUCACCGAUAACGGAGAGCUGAAGAUCGCCGACUUUGGUCUCGCGCGACGUUACGGCCAGAAGGAUAUGCCGAUGACUCCACGUGUGGUCACACUUUGGUACAGAGCGCCGGAGUUGUUGUUUCAGUCCAAAGUGCAGACCACAGCGAUCGACAUGUGGGCCGCCGGCUGUAUAUUAGGGGAACUGCUUCUCCACAAACCCUUACUUCCCGGGCGGUCAGAGAUUAACCAAAUAGAGCUGAUUGUAGACCUGUUGGGCACUCCUAACGACACA